GGGCGUGGGCGUGGGCGUGAGAUUGUGAGAGAAGCUGCUACUUGAAUACGCAUGUUUCCAGAACAUUGAAGAUGAACAAUAAUAAUCUUCAGCAAUCGAGUGACGGAAGACACGACGAUGAUGCUGCUCUUACGGAGUUCCUGGCGUCGUUAAUGGAUUACACUCCCACUAUCCCCGAUGAAUUGGUGGAGCAUUACCUGGGAAAGAGCGGAUUUCAGUAUCCCGAUGUUCGAUUAAUUAGGCUUGUAGCUAUUGCUACACAGAAGUUUGUUGCAGAGGUUGCAAGCGAUGCUCUCCAGCAAUGCAAGGCACGACAGUCGUCAGUUGUCAAGGACAAAAGGGAUAAGCAGCUGAAGGAUAAGCGUCUUAUAUUGACUACGGAGGAUCUGUCGAAAGCACUACAUGAGUAUGGGGUUAAUGUGAAGCACCAAGAGUAUUUCGCUGAUAGCCCUUCUACUGGGAUGGAUCCAGCUUCUAGGGAUGAAUGAGCUAGAACUAGCAUCGUUGAACUUGUACUCAUUCAUUUCCUGUUUGAAGUCCUUCUUGGGAUUUUUGUAUGUUCACGAGUAAUGUCGCUGCUGUUGCUUGUUUCUUGGUCUUUCUUGUGCAUUUCAUUUGUUGAUUGUUAUUAUUUCAUUUAAGGUGGUUUUACUUUAUUGAUA